GAUUAACCGAGUCUGAGGUCCGAACAACCUCAAAGCCAAGUCAAGAGUACCCAUACCAACCAGAAAUCGAGGUAGAAUCGCCCACGAUCUGGCUUUCUGAUCUGAGGGAAGAGGAGAUUUUCGCGGACGGCGAUCGGUGGAGCAGGAAAAGGUGGGCUGAUUGUCGGUCAAAGGGCUACCGGAGGCCGCGAUUUGUGAUACGGUCGGAUUGGAUAAAGAGGAAGGGAAGAGAGAGAAGGGUAAAGAUCAUUGGCGGCAGGAAGAAGAGGUUAUAGGAGGGAAGUGAAAUGUCGGACGCGUUCUGUCCAGAGUGCAAGAGGAGCACGGAGGUCGUCUUCGAUCACUCUGCGGGGGACACGGUGUGUUCCGAGUGCGGGCUGGUGCUUGAGGCGCACUCCAUUGACGAGACGUCGGAAUGGAGGACCUUUGCUAACGAAUCCGCCGACAACGAUCCCGUCCGUGUCGGCGGGCCUACUAAUCCCCUCCUCACGGACGGGGGCCUUUCAACCGUCAUCGCUAAGCCCAACGGUGCUCAGGGAGAGUUCCUCUCCUCUUCACUAGGGCGGUGGCAGAACCGUGGCUCCAACCCCGAUCGCUCUCUCAUUCUUGCCUUCCGCACCAUCGCCACCAUGGCCGACAGUCAUGAGAAAGGAUUGUUUUACGCAUUGGACCUUGGAGGAACUAAUUUCCGUGUAUUACGUGUACAACUGGGAGGAAGGGAACUCGGCGUUUUGAAACAAGAGGCUGAAGAGGUCUCUAUUCCACCGCAUUUGAUGGUCGGAAGCUCCCAUGAACUGUUUGAUUUCAUUGCUGUAGGGGUAGCAAACUUUAUUGCUUCUGAAAGUGAGGAAUUUAAAUUUCCUGAAGGCAGGCAGAGAGAACUUGGGUUUACUUUCUCUUUUCCAGUGAGGCAGACUUCACUUUCUUCAGGCACGCUUAUAAAAUGGACAAAAGGUUUCUCCAUUGAGGAAACGUGUUGA